AUGGCGAGGCAUCUGGAGAAGGCUGUGAUCGAGCAGGACGUCCCUCACCUCGCGGAGCUCAUCAAUUCGUGCGCCAAGCUCAAAGAUCUGUCGCGCGGCAAGCUCCUCCACGAUCAAAUCGAUCGCUCGCCGCUGGGAAGAUCGACCUAUCUCCGGAAUCUCCUCAUCGACAUGUACGGCAAAUGCGGCCGCGUGGAUGACGCACGGAACGUCUUUGACGCCACCCAAGACCCUAACCAUUUCUCGUGGAAUAUCCAGAUCGCAGCAUAUGCCCAGAAUGGGCAUACGCAAGAGGCAAGGAACGGCCUCGAUUUAAUGCCGCAAUGGACGUUAGUCGCCUGGAACUCGUUGAUCACGGCAUAUGCCCAGAACAAACUCCUCUACGAGGCCAAGCAUCUCUUCGCGAAUAUGCCCGACACGGACGUUAUCUCGUGGACGGCUAUGAUCACAGCAUAUGCCCGGAAUGGGCAUCCACACGAGGCAAAGGCCACUUUCGAUCGAUCGCCGGUUCGAAACGUUCUAACGUGGAACGCAAUGAUCGCGAGCUACGCGGAGGGCCACUGUUUGGCGGAAUCUAAAAUGAUGUUCGAUAAGAUGCCUCAUUGGCAUGUGGUAUCUUGGACUGGGAUGCUCUCGGCAUAUGCCUCGAAUAGGCAAAAGUCUCAAGCGAUUGACCUCUUUAACUCGAUGCCGCGGCGAGAGGUCGUGUCGUGGAACGCUAUGAUCCAGGCAUACGUUGACUCAUCGGAGCUUGACUCUGCGCGACUAACUCUAAAUAAAAUGCCCUACUGGGAUGUGGUAUCGUGCACGGCUAUGAUCGCCGCAUAUGCCCAGAACAGGGAUUUUGAUGAGGCUAAGAGAUUAUUUGCGAUCAUUCCACAAAAGGACCAAGUUUGCUGGAACACGAUGAUCACUGCCCACAUUAGCAGCGGUGACCUAAUCGCCGCGGAGAGGGCGCUGGAAUCUAUGCCCACGCCCAACGCCGUGUCGUGGAAUAUCCUUCUCUCGGCCUACGCGGAGAAGGGCGAGCUGGCGAAGGCGAGGCGCCUGUUUGACAGCCUCUCCAAGAAGAACCUGGUGACGUGGAACGCCAUGGUCCAGGCGUAUUGCCAGGCGGGUAAUAUCUGUGAGGCAAAGGCGCUGUUUGAUCAAAUGAAACAACGAGAUUCCGUGACGUGGUCGUCCAUGAUCCAAGCGUAUGCCCAAAAUGGCCACUACCGCUUGGCAUUCGAGCUCUUUGGGACGCUCAAUCUCGAGGGAUUGAAGCCCAGCGAGAUCACAUUCGUGGAGAUCCUCAGCGGGUGCUGCCAAUCGGGGAAGAUUGGCGACGCAGCAUCGUUCUUCCGGUCGAUGAUCGAGGAUUUUGAGCUGGUGCCGCUGGUGGAGCACUACCGCUGCGUGGUGGAUCUUCUAGGGCGAUUGAAGCGCUUCGAGGAGGCUGAGGAGCUGAUAGAGAGCAUGCCCUUCCCGGCCGAUUCGAUCGCGUGGAUGGCGCUGCUAGCGUCGUGUAGGGUUCACGGUGAUGUGGAGCGCGCCAAGAUCGUCGCCAAGAAGAUCGGCGAUCUAAACCCCGAGAGGGCCGCUACGGCUGACGGACACGCGGCAUAUUCGGCUCUGUUUUUAGGCCGUCUUGCCCUAGAAGAAUAUUCUAGAAGGCUCUUUCUGGAACUUUCCAUACGCCACACGGCAUACUCAUUGGUGGCCGUCGGAUGCCGGCAUCCGACGGCUGGAGAGCUUAAACCGGUCUCUUUUUGGCGAGGAGGUGAAGCGCGAUUAGGGAUUUUUCCAUCCAGCUCCGGCCGCGAGGCGCAGCGUCCAGAUCUAGAGCUCCUCUCUCGGAUUGCGAGGUAA